AUGUCAAUUGUCAAGGGAUAUGAUAAUACAAUAGUUUCAGCUGCAAUUGUUUCAGCCGGAAAAGAAAAAAUAAUGUUAAAUUUAAAAAAAGAAAGUUGGAUUAGUGAUAAUGAUUUUAAAGCUAUUAUUAAAUUAUCAUUUCCAUUUUCACUUUGUUGCAAUGCAUAUGUAAAAGGUAAAACACUUGGUGUUGAUGUGCUAUUUAAUCAAUUUAUAAAAAAUUUUAAAUACGAAUAUACUGUGCAAAGUUUGAGCUAUGAUUGUCAUGCUUAUUUUGGAUUGGCAUCAAGUGAAAAUGACAUGAUGAAUAAAGUAAAAGAACGGGUUCCAACAUCAAUAUCAACAACAGAAUUAUUAUUAAUAAUUGAUGAUAAAAUAACAAGUAACUCAUCAAUACUUGAUGUUAGUAUUUAUAAAAAUUCUAAUGUCAAUAUAAUAUCAAGAUCUGGAUAUUGGACACUCUCAGAAAAUUAUUUAUUUCCACGUGUAUUUAAAAAAGUAAAAAGAUUAAAAGAGUUACGACAUAAACGAGGAAUAGUUGAUCUUCAAGGUCGUCAACUGCAAGUUGCUGCAUUUUAUAAUCCACCAUUUUGUUAUUUAUCAACAACUAUUAAUCAAACAAUAAAUAAAAUUGAUGGAGAAUUUUUUUUAGCAAAUGAUGAUCGAGAACUUGAUGGAAUUGAGACAAAGUUAUUUCUACUAAUGUCAAAAAGAUUAAAUUUCACAUGGAAAAUAAGAAAGCCAAAUCAUUAUUUUAGAUAUGGUAGACCGAACGGAAGCAAUUGGGAAGGCGGAAUGAUCGGCCAGCUAUUUCGAAACGAAAUUGAUUUUGCAUUCAGUGGUAUUUGGCUUAAACAUGAUCAAUAUCAGUAUGUUAAUUUAACAGAACCAUGGUAUCAAUUAUUGAUUCAUUAUCUUGUACCACGUCCAAGACCUCAAACAAGUAUUUGGGCUUUAACACGACCAUUUACAAUUGAAGUUUGGCUUCUUUUAAUUGUUGUCAUUAUUAUUCAAAGUAUAAAUAUAACAAUUAAAGCUAGGAUCAAUCAGCGAGUACCAAAAAAAUUUAAAAGUUUUAUUUUAACAAUUACGGAAUUGUUAAAUAUUGGCUCCUGGUCACCACUUGGUACAUAUGGUUUACGUUUACAAAUACAUUUGUGGCAUGUUUAUGGUAUUUUAAUUGUAACAGCAUACUCAUCAAGUCUUGCAUCGAGAUUAACAACACCAGAUUAUGAACCAAGAAUUGAUACAAUUCAACAAUUUAUUGAUAAAAAUUUAACAUGGGGAAGAGAAGCUCCAGUUCCAAAUUUCGAUGACUAUUUUAAUCUACGAGAUCCAUAUGCAGGAAAAUUUCCAGAUAAAUUCACAAUUGAUAUUGAUGAAGAGGACAGACAUGUUAAAAUAAAAAAAGGAAAUUACGCAAUUAUUGGUCGAAUUGUUCAAGGUAUAUUUUUUCCGGAAAAUCAUAUUAGAGAUGCUGAUCUUAAAAAUUACAGAGUUAUGAAACAGGAAGUUGGAGAUUACUAUGCAACAUUUGCUGUUCAACCUUGGCUUUUGCAUUCAAUCAACAAAAUGGUUCUUUGGUUACGUGAAUGUGGUUUUACAAAAUAUCAUUUAACAAAUGUCAUUCAUCGAAGAACAAGUUUAAGUCUUCGAAAUGUUUUAGAAGAACAUGACAUAAAAAAUAAUGAAGGUGCGAGAGUAUUAAUUUUAAAACCCCUAAUUGCUGGUUUUGGAUUUUUUUUAAUUGGCUUGUUUAUUUCAACACUAGUAUUAAUUUAUGAACUUAGAAAAAAAUAUCCAACA